AGUGAGUGCAGUGGGAAUAUCUUAUCACUGAUAUUAAAGGGGGAGAUGAUAAGAUAGAGUGUUUCUCCCCUGUAGUAACUGGAGAAUAAUCUCCUCUGCUGAUAAUGUCUCAUUGCUAAAGUGCCUGUCUUCUUUCUUUCAGUAAAUCAUCGAUCUAGGGGAAAAUGUCCUAUCAGCAGCAGCAGCAACGCAAAGUCCCCAGCCAGCCCCCUCCCCAGGUCCUGGAGCCCUGCCCUCCCGUGGUGCCUGUGCCCUGUCCUCCACAGGUCCCAGAGCCCUGUCUUCCCAAGGUGCCUGAACCAUUCCCCCCACCCCCCAGCCAGCAGAAAUGCCCUCCUGUCAAGUGCCCCCCAUGCCAGCAAGAAUACCAGCCAAAGCAGAAGUGA